UUAGUUUUGCCCCACAGACCGUUUCUUCUUUGUUUCUCGUCUGAUAGUUCAACAAUGAUUGGGUUUGAAAUUCUGCAUGUGUCCCUCUGUCUCAUGGGUUUGCUCUCAGAGACUCUGUGCUCUUUAACUGUGGAGGUGGAAGCUGGAGAUAACGCCACUGUUUGGUGCCAACAUGAGCUGAGUGAUACAGGUUACAUCUACUGGUAUAAACAUAUAAAUGAUUCAGUUCGACAUCUUCUUGGCUGUAAGCAUUUUUUUGGGUCGAGUCCAUCAAAGAAUUGUAUUUUCUUUCCUGAAAGUGAGCGAAUAGUGAUGUCUGUUCACGGCAAGAACACGUCUCUCACCAUCACCGCAGUAAAUGUCUCUGAUACAGGACUGUAUUACUGCAGCUUCAUAGAUCUGGACCAAGUGAACUUUAGGAACUCGACCUUUUUACAAGUGAAAGACAGAAAUAAAACACUUCCUGAGAACCCGGACAGAGCGAAAGGUUCAGUCUCUUCUCCUGUGUUCUUCAUACUGAAUGUGGUGUUCGGUGCAGUGAUUGUGAUUCUUCUCAGUGUCCUGAUCUUCAUCAUACUGAAGCACAGAGAAACACACAGAGGUGCUGGAGCAGAAGAUAACGAGGAUCCGGACUCCGACUCGUUGCGUUACGCUGCACUACAGUUCUCAAAGAAGAAAACCAAGAGGAGCGAGAGACGUGAUGAAAAUGUGGAUUCACAUGUUCUCUAUUCUUCUGUCAGACAGAGUAAUGUGUGUACAUAAUGUUAUAUAUCAGUUACUGUUUACUAAAUAUGAAACAGAUGUUUCUGAUGCUCUGAGGUUGAAGGGAUUCGACCUUUUAUAAACUCACAGUUACAGAAUAUGGGAUUGUAAAACUGCAAGAGCUUCAGGAUUCUGCACAUUUCUUUUUACUAUAGACCUUGUAUUAAGUCUCUCUAGGCUUAAAAAGGAUAAAGCGGCUAGAGAUAAUGAGAUGAGAUGAGUUUAUCAUCCAGUGUAAUAAUAAAUUCAGGUGCAAAUAGAUACAUUUCUUUAUUUUGGACUUGUUUCUAAGAAAAUAACAGAUUUGUUGAAGCUCUGGCAAUAAAACCUGCUCUUUGUAUCAGUCACUAAUGCUGAUGUUGUGUGUAAACGCUGUGUCCCAUAAAGUAAUACAGUCGCCUCCUCAGUGAACAGCGACUCCGCCAUGACGCUCCUGGAGACACUGAACUGAUGGAGUCUCGGUCCGGGAGAGAAAACCUAAAGCCCGCCCACACACAACACUGAUUGGUCCAAUCAGGAUGCUUGUGCUCUCUCUCUCUCUCGGGAACUUACGGGAUAGUUGGGAUGUCUGCAGCUACCGUACCUUGACUGUCAACCUGUUUGGGUUAGCACGCAAAGCUAACCUGGCACCAGUACAUUGUAAAAAAAAAAUUACACCAAACUUGGCUGUUGAUAUAUUUAUGUUAGGGUGUUUUCACACUUGGUCCCUUUCAGCCAUCUAACCGAACUCAGAUCGAUGACUCAGCAUUUUUUGCGCAUAUGUGAACACCCCAACCAUACCCAGACCCCUUUAAAGCGAACCGAACUGAGACCACCUCAGGAGGUGGUCUCAGUACGGUUCACUAAAAAUCAACGGUACGGUUCGCCUAAUCUGCGCAUUGUGAACAAAAAGCGCACCGGGUUCACUUUGCCUUUUUCACUGUAGUUUAACCUUCUUCGUUUGCCGUAGUUGGUCAUGUGACUGUAGCAGGGAAACUCAACUUCCUUUUGGAACUUACCACAGUCGCUUUACAGUUCUCUGAACUUACUGACUGACGAGUCGGCCACAAUAAUAUAACUAUAUUAUAUAUAUCUCAUCUCAUCUCAUUAUCUCUAGCCGCUUUAUCCUUCUACAGGGUCGCAGGCAAGCUGGAGCCUAUCCCAGCUGACUACGGGCGAAAGGCGGGGUACACCAUGGACAAGUCGCCAGGUCAUCACAGGGCUGACACAUAGACACAGACAACCAUUCACACUCACAUUCACACCUACGGUCAAUUUAGAGUCACCAG